AUGAAUCAAGUUCAGAUGAAGAGUCUUCAAAAGAAAUUUCUUCAGAUCAAUUAUUUUCAAAGAGGGAUGAUGUUUAUAAUCGUAAUGAUGGUGAUGAUGGUAGUACAUUACAAACUAUCAAAUAAUGUUGGUGAUGCAUUUUUUAAAUUUCUUCACAUUCAUGCAAAUUUUCCUAAAAGAACAUUACCACCUUCCACUCGUAUUGGCCUUCAAUUCUUAGAUAAUUUAAAGAAAAAACAUACUUUAUUUAACUCAAUACCUAUAAUCAAUAUUAACAAUAUUCAAUACAAUUUUGAAUAUCGGCCAAUUUUAUCAGGAAUUGAGGAAAUUGAUGGUCAAAAAUGUUCUUAUAGUGAAAUGUUUAAUUGCAAUUGGUGGAAGCAAGCAGUCAAUCAUGCGCCUUAUAGUAGUAAGAUUGUACCAAUUAUAUUUUAUUCAGAUGCAACUACGCUUGAUCAUUUUGGAAAAAGUUCACGCCACCCAAUAUUUGUUACUAUUGGAAAUAUUCCAACCAAUCUUUGUAAUAAACCUGAAUCAAAAGUACUUGUUGGACUAAUACCAAUUUUAGAAAGUUCUAAACAAAUGAAAGAAACUAAAGAAUUUCAUAAAGCAAUUAGAAUUACUUUCCAUAACUGUUUUUAGAUUCUUCUUGCUCCAAUCUGAGUUCAACAUCAAACAGGUAUACAGCUGAAAGUUGGCAAUAGUUAUGUAUGGUGUAUGAUGAUAGUGGUAAUGAUAUUAGGAGAUUGGCCAGAAAAUGGAAAA